AGCUGCUCAGAUGGGAGUGGGCGAGCUGGGAUAGGCUGGGAGUUUUGUUGGGAAGUCGUAAGCGGAUCGGGACAAGGCACAACUGGGAAGAAAGGAAGAAAGAAAGGAGGAGAUCCAGGAUCCUUACAGACCUUCAUGCACAAAUCGACUGAAUGUUGGACAGGAAAUCUGACGCAGUAAAUUUGCGGAAAACGGGCUUUGUCAGAGCCACGGGUGACGGAACAGAACUGCGUGGAUGACAGAGAGAGAGGUGCUGAAAAGGCAAACUUUUCCAACCGGCUGAGAUCGCUCGUAGGAAACUUGGAGUGGAAUUUCUGCGCUUUUUUGUUGUUGUUGUUGCUUUAACGGUCAGUGGAAGAGGAGGACAUUAUGCCGCGGCGCACCGUCCAAGAAGUAACCGUGCAGGAUGUCCAGAAGCGAAGGAGUCCCAACAAACACUAUGUUUACAUCAUCAAAGUGUCCUGGAGUGAUGGGAGUACAGAAACCAUUUACAGGCGUUACAGCAAGUUCUUUGACCUCCAGAUGGAAUUGCUGGAUAAAUUCCCUGUGGAAGGAGGCCAAAAGGACCCAAAACGCAGAAUCAUUCCAUUUUUACCAGGAAAGAUUUUGUUCAGGAGAAGCCAUAUCAGAGAUGUGGCCAUGAAGAGACUAAGGCCCAUCAACGAGUACUGCAGGGCUUUGAUCCAGCUGCCAGUCUACAUUUCCCAGUGCGAGGAAGUCAGAGUGUUUUUUGAGACCAGACCUGAAGACCUCAAUCCACCCAAGGAGGAGCCCAUUGGAAAGAAGAAGUCAGGGUUUGUGGAGAGAGCGACUACUUUCCUAAAGCGAGGAGAUCCUACCUCUGCAGACCCGCUCUUCCUGGAACAGUACGUGGCAGUAACAAAUUAUGAGAAGCAGGAGGGCAGCGAAAUCAGCCUGCUUGUUGGUCAGGUGGUGGAGGUCAUAGAGAAAAAUGAAUCCGGCUGGUGGUUUGUGAGCUCAGAUGAUGCGCAGGGCUGGGUCCCUGCCACCUGCCUGGAGGCACAGGACGACCCGGACGACUUCACACUUCCAGGGGAAGAAGUGCCUCGGAGAUUCUGGUCACUGCCAAGGCAUGUGGGUCGGCGCAGAACUUUAGGGGAUCUAUUCAGCACAGGCUUUGGGCAAGAAGAAAAAUACUCUGUGAUUUACCCGUACUCGGCCAGGGACCAGGAUGAGAUUGACCUAGAGAGAGGCAUGAUCGUGGAGGUUAUUCAGAGGAACCUGGAAGGCUGGUGGAAGAUCAGGUACCAGGGCAGAGAGGGCUGGGCACCAGCUUCCUACUUGAAGAAAUCAGACAUUCAAAGCCAAAGACAGUUGGCUGGUGCUGCCUCUCAUGCCAGCACGAAUGACCUGGAAGGGGUUUCCAAACAGAACCUGCAGAACAAUGCAGCAAGAGACAACAGAGAGAACCAGAAGGAAAACAGGCUCUCGAUUUUCUCUGAUAACAACAAAAUUAAAGUAGGAUCAAGACACGGACUUCCUCCACGCAGAGAUCUAACCAUUCCACGUGGUACAAACUUGCCUAAGCCACCUGUACCACCUCAAGUCGAGGAAGAGUAUUACACUAUAGCUGACUUUCAGACCACCAUACCAGAUGGGAUUAGCUUCCAAGCAGGGGUCAAAGUUGAGGUGGUUGAGAAGAAUGCAAGCGGUUGGUGGUACAUCCAGAUUGAUGAUAAAGAAGGCUGGGCCCCUGCCACUUUUAUUGACAAGUACAAGAAGACUAGUAAUGCCUUACGACCCAAUUUUCUUGCUCCAUUGCCCAAUGAGAUGGAGAAACUCAGGCUUGAAGAUGGUGGCGCCAAUGUUUCUGAUGAUACCUGGUCUAAACCUUUACCAGAUGAGCCAACCGCAGCCUCUGAUUCCUAUUCCCGCCCCAAGCUAAGAGACUGGAAAUCCAGUGCCGGCAAGACAACACCUGCCUUCUCUGGGCCUUUACCACCAGCUCCAGCUGCCCCCCCAGCAGAAGAAAAACCAGCUCUGCCACCUCGACGGGAGUCUAUCAAUAAAAGCUUUGAGUUGGAUGCUGCAGAGAAGCCAAAAUCUGAUCAUUCCAAGCCUUUGCCUCCAAAGCCACCAGCUCCCGGAGUCAUAAUGCCUCUUGCUACUCCAAAAUCAGCUCCUUUCAAACCAGAGAAACCACCAGAGAUUAGGAAGGAAGAUAAGAGCAAAGCUCUUCCGCUUCGCAAUGAAAUGGGUCUUGAGUGUGGCCACAAGAUUUCUGCUAAAGAGGUGAAGAAGUUUAAUCUGAAACCUGUACCCAAACAGCCUCCAAAACCUAAGACGGAUACCCGGGAAGAGAAACCAGAGGUUGCUGGGCCUUCGGCGUUAAUAAAGGGUAAACCUUUGGUCAGACCAAAACCCAUGCCAGCUGCCAAACCUGAUCCACCAGCAGAAAAUAAAGUGGACAUUACCAACUUAAGGAGCAAGUUAAGGCCAUCAAAACCUGCAGACAUUGGCUCUACGUCCACUGAAGGAAACCACCAAAAUGAUUCCUCUGUCCCAAGAAGCAAUUUACCCCAAAGCUCUCCACCAAUCCACAUCCCUAUGCUCAAUAAUGGGAAGCACUCUGAAGAGCCAAAACUCCCUCCGAAACACAUGAAUGGUCUUAGCCAGGAUCGAUCACCCCCCCCUGUAAAACCAGCAGUGCCCCCACACAAAGAACCACCUCAAAGACCGCCUGCCAUGGCUCCAAGGAGACCUCCACCUCCAAAGAAAUCUGACCCGUCAAGUCCAACUGAAAACAAGUCUCCUUUUAAAGAACCGCUGGAAGCUCCCAAGCUUGGACCACCUCCACAACUCAGCAGACCCCCUCCCCCCAAACCCAAAGCAUUUGUCCAGCCACCUAUAAACAAAGAAAAAGAUGAGCCCAAGAGCACUAAAGUUCCAAUUCCUCCCAAACCCCAAAUGAAGCCAGAAAAGCCCGGACCACCUAAAGACAAGCUGCCACCUUUACUCAAGGAGCCAAGUAGCGAUGAGUUGUAUUUAGCCGUGGCAGAUUUCGAAGGGGAUGAGCAAACAUCCCGCUUCAAGGUGGGUACUGUGUUUGAGGUACUUGAGAAAAACAGCAGUGGUUGGUGGUUCUGUAAAUAUGUAGGAGAAAAUAUUGAGGGCUGGAUUCCCUCAAACUACCUGAGCAAGAAACCUUAGGUCAUAUAGUUCAUUAAAAAUACAAUCGGAAGUGAACAAAUAAUAGACAAAGGUUAUAAAUGAAAAAAAUGUGGCAUCAAAAUGUUUUAUUUAUGGGUGAUUUUUUUUUUCUUUGAUAUUUUUGUUACACCUUGUCAAAAAUACCUAGCCAAUCGACGCAGCAAUAACUUGACCUUUUUUUUGUGGCAAUUUCAUAAUGUUUACGUAUUAUUGUUUUUAUCUAGAUAUUGUAAGAACUUAUAGUCGCUUUAGUGGCUUUGUGCAAGUCACAGCCUCCAUCUCGUGUUGCUGUAGGGAGGAUGUUUAGCCCAGAUUACAGUGCUAAACGUGUCGUAGCACCCAUGCUAUUAAGGAUACAAUGCCGCAAAAAGUUGCAAAAUAUGGGCUUUAGUGCUUACAAAAGUAUAUUCUGCCGUGGGCUUAGUCCUUUUAAAAUGAAUCAGCUGAUAGAAAUAUCUUCAGGUAAAGCAUCCUUAUAGCAAGUGUUCUUAUCUUGUCAGUUCAUAUGUUGGAAGGUAACAACAAAUCUACAGUAAUUUAAAGACUACAUUCACUAAUUUAAUCUUAGUUUUCACUUAAGGUUACUUUUUUUCUUUUGAAUAAAUAUUCUUUUUGUAUUAAAGGAGCAAUAAGGAAGCAAUUGAUUUUAAAAACAACCAAAGUCAUUCUAACUUUUCAGCCAGGAGGACAUUAACAUUCUCUAUAAACAAUUGGUUCUCUCCAUCAGAAACUUCUUAGUGGAGUUUUUUGUCUUUCCAAACCUAGAGGUACAGACCGGAACUACUCCUGUGCAGUGUGUAGGCCAUGUUUACUUCUUGCUCCCUGAGUCAAUCAUAUAACAGUUCCCAGGGUUCCCAAAACAAAGGGUAGCAUUUGGCAUUCAAAGUUAGUAACAAAAAAAAAAAAAAAGCAGUAGCAAACAUGGAAGCCAGCAAGAGAAGAUGACCAGAAAUAGUCUCAACAAUAUCUAAGAAGCCUCAGAAUCCUGCAAAAGUAUUAGCACAACAACUUAGUGUGGCUGAAUGGUCUUGAAUCUUCAUCUCUGAAAAGCAUUUCUCUUGAUUUGGCAACCUCCAUGGCACACCAUGUGUUGUUCUGGUUUGAAACACCAGGUGUCAUCAUUACUUAUUAAUCCUUUAAUGUUGUCUAUAAUGCUCAAAGCUUUGAUUCAGGUGCAUCCCAAUAAAUUAAAUUCUAAACUAAAUGUUUAUUUUGCUUCUAUAAUUCACAUUUAAUAGGAAAACUCUUAAUAUAAAUUAAUUCCCUUAUAUCUUACAUAAUAAUGUCUAUGUUAAAAAAAAAACAAUAAAUCAGGAGGACAUUCCUCCAAAAACAGUUGGUUGUGCAGAGUAUUGUAUUCAAGGUUUUUAGUGGAGAGUUGAAUUGAAGGAAAGGGUUUGGUCGAAGAAGCCACAAGGAUAACUGCAGGCUUCAAAGUAAAACCUACUUAAGAGUUUAUGUGGAUAUUCAGAAGCCUAACAUCUGGAGCCAGUGUUUUAAAAGCCACCGUGCACAGAUGUUUGCUGGCAAAGAGUUGCACUCUUGUAUUUAAGCCAUAAUGGAAUCAAAGACCAUAAGAGAGUGGGAGGUCCAUGUUGAAUAUCUUUAGAAAAUAAAGGUCCCAAAGAAUGAAGGUAGACAGGAGAGGUGUGUAAUCCAAGGUGCUUGAUGAAGACAGGCACAUUAUCUGCUAGUGUUGGUACAUCAUGGAUUGUCAAGUGUAAAGUGAGUACAGCCAUUUUGAGGAAAAUAGUAGCGCCUCGGCCUCCCGCAAGUACUGAAUGCAUAGUCUGUAGAGAAAUGGACAAUAGGGCUGAAAUAAUCCUCAACUAAUUUAAUAAUUGAUUAAUCGUUAACUUUAAAUAUGCUUUUAGCUGACAGAGUGACCUACUUAGGUAAUUUCAUUGUUUCAACAUUGUACAAUAAUUCAAGAAAUAUUUUGCAUUUAAGAUUAAAAAAAAAAUGUCUGUCGAUAUGCUCUAUCCAGAACUCCUCAAGCAAAAAAUUUUUAGUUUUACCUGCUUUAAUUUCAUAAGAAAUCUUCUUUAAGAAAACUUUGGCUAUCCGAUUAUUAAUUGAUACAUUGAAAAAAUAAUUGAAUGAUGAAUUAAUUUACAAAAUAAUUGUUAGUUGCAGCCCUGAUGGACACAUAAGGAUGACAUUUCUGAAAUAAAAUCCUUUUAUGAUAUCCUCAUUUUCUGAACGCCUGUGUUUUCAUCAUCUAUACACCAUGAGGUUUAAAUUUCAAAAAUACAUUGCAUCUGAAUUAAAAUAAAAUGCGUUGUGUUAUAAAUCCAUAUGAGUUAUGCUUUUCAGUUAAUUUACUAAAAUGAAAGAGCUAUUGCAGUUUAUUAAGAUCCACCUUUAUUAACUCUGUCUUUUUGCCUUAUCGUUGACCAUUGCUGUCAUUUGGAACUGAUGUGCACUUUUCACUCAGUACAGGUGAAGCUUGUUCUAAUGUUACAAUCUUUGUGCAAAGAGAGGAAUGCAGCUGUUUAUUUUAAUGUUUAUGAAUUGUUUUGCUCUAGCUAUAUUUUAGCUAACUUUUGGAAACAUGGUUAAUCCUAUCAUCAGUAAGAAGCUAUCCCGGGGUAAGCAGAGGAAAGGAAGCUUUGUGUUAAAGAACUUUUAACACAACUAAACUGUUGGGAAAUCUGAAUAGCAGAAUAUUUUGAAAAGAAAGCUUCACAUUAAUUUGUGCAACAUUUUACUGUAUUGUAAGUGUACAGGCCUUUCCUAACUCAUGUUGGUUGCUCAAAUAAAGCAAUGCCCAUUGUAUAAACAACAUUUUAGAUUAACGCUUGACUGGUUUCAAGUGAUAUUCAGCAGAGCAAAUUAUUUUUAUUGUACAGUGAAAAGUCAAACAGUCCAUCUUUUAGUUAUUUCUUCUGUGUUAGGAGUUAAUAUGAAAUGUGCUUUAAUGUUAAAUAUAAAAUUUAUUAUUUGUUAAAAUAAAAACAAAUGUACUUUUUUCUGUCACGCAACCUGAUGAACGGUGAUGAAUAUAGACGAGGCUACAAGCUGUAACACUAACGCUGUUCUGCUUCUAGUUGCUGAAACGUUUCACAAAAUGCAAGCCAUAUCACAGCAUCAACGGCCUGUCAUCCAAAAAUACAUUUUUAAAUAUACCUAUAAUGGCUUAUUCAGGUAUGUUAUGUGGGAAAAAAAAGAAGUGUAUUAUGCACAUUUAUGAUCUCCCUUUUUUCAGUAUUGUCAUUCUUCCUUUUUUUUUUAUGUAUUCAAUAUUAAACAAUCUCUACUUGCUUUUAAGUCAAUAAAAUCUUUUUUAACCAGG